CAUCAGUACAAGUACAGUGUAGUUGCUCUCCAACGCAAACGUCUUCUCCGGAACCCAGUUCCAAUGAUGCAUGCCGUGUGUUUGGCUGUAAGCCACUGAAGUGCCCCCUCUUUCCGCGACUAGCAAAGCAACUUUAUUAAGGAUCAAUCUUGCAUGCUUCUGACAACAAGACCCACGAACGAGCACAGACACAGAACCGCGCACAGCCCAUCGAAGAAAGCGCAAUCAAUGGUCACGUUAUCAGAAACCCAACACCAGCAGCUUUUACGACUUUGCAAAUAAUCUGUCAUCCCUCCCCACAAUUCAAACCAACUGAUUGACCAAGCAAGCAUCCCAAUCAAGAAGCAACUACUUUUCCAAUCUAUCAUGACGGGCAAAAAGAAGCUUGUAGAAGACGACAUGGAGGCCGACGAGAGUCUGUUGGGUCCCUUUCGCGAGAAAUUGAAAGCACUGCCUCCUGUAGACUAUGAUGCUGAGGAAAUUACGGCCUUGGCGGGCAGCGACGCGGACAUGGCACGGUUCUUGAUUGCUCGGAACAACAACCUCGAAAAAGCAUUUGCCAUGGCCAAGGGGACAUUGGCAUGGCGAUCUCGCUUCCAUCCUGCCGCUUUGACAGUACAAGAUUUUGCCACGGCCCAUGGCCAAGAUGUGUGGCGGUUUGCUGGCACGACCAAAAAUGGAUGGAAUGUGUUGCACGUGACGGCGGCUCAUUGGAAAUCCUUUUCCUAUGGUGUGGACGAAUACGUCAAGAUGGUGUCGUAUCAUGUGGAACGGAGUACUACCAAGAAUUUCAUUAUUUUUGACAUGUACCGCAUGGCCUACUUUAUUGACAUGCGCAAGUUGCGGGCAUUGGCGUACAUUUUGGCCGACUAUUAUCCGGAACGAUUGGGAUGUGCCGUCUUUGUCAAUUGCGAUUGGAUCUUUGACAAAUUCUUCAACAUUGCCAUUCGAUGGGUCGAUCAACGAACUGCCAACAAGUGUAUUGAUUUUAGAGACAAUGGAGCCGAAUUCUUGUUGCAACAUAUCGAUGCAGAUCAAGUGACUACCAAGUACGGUGGAACACGACAAGAACCCUGGCCUUUGGAACCAUUGGAAACAGCUACCGAUGACAAGUAA